UAUUGUACUGUGUAAAAUGCAAUUGUUGGUUUUGUGUUAAGUGUAAUUUCAUAGUCGUUGAUUUUUUUAAAAGAUACCCUAUUUUUGUUUUUCUCUUAGCUGUAUUGGAUAUAUCGAUAUCUAAUCGAUAUCGAUUGACGAAUUUAAGAAAAAAAGUUUGCUGUCCCUAAAAUCCCUUAAGGCUAAAAAGUUGUUUUGUUUAGUAUUUACGUGAAAUUCCCGAUUUCAACCAACAUAAAUUUGAGAAUCCAGUGCCACAGCUCCUUGUGUAAUCAAGAUAUAAUUUUGCGGUUAAAAGUUGUUGGAAAAUAUCGCGACUUUUAGAUUUCAGAUAAAGCUUUCAAGUUUUUCCUUAGUCUUGGUCUACAGCUCUUUUACAUCCAUGGGCUCAAGAAGGUGGUUUCAUCCCAAUGUGUCAGGAAUCGAUGCAGAACUCCUUCUCCUGAAAAGAAGAGUUGAUGGCAGUUUUUUAGCUCGUCCCAGUAAAAGUAAUCCAGGAGAUUUCACCUUAUCUGUUCGGAGAAAUGGUGAAGUUACCCACAUCAAAAUUCAAAAUACUGGAGAUUUCUAUGAUUUAUAUGGAGGGGAAAAAUUUGCCACUCUGUCUGAACUGGUACAGUUCUAUAUGGAAACUCCUGGACAAUUGCGAGAAAAGAAUGGUGAAGCAAUUGAACUUAAAUUCCCAGUCCAUUGCUCUGAUCCCACAACUGAAAGAUUGUCUUUCAGGUGGUUCCAUGGACACCUUUCUGGAAAAGAAGCAGAAAAAAUUCUACUUGAGAAAGGGAAGAAUGGAAGUUUUUUAGUCAGGGAGUCUCAAAGUAAACCUGGGGACUAUGUUUUGUCUGUUAGAACUGAAGACAAAGUAACCCACGUCAUGAUAAGAUAUCAGGAGCAAAAGUACGAUGUUGGUGGUGGUGAAAAAUUUGAUUCACUGUGUGAACUAAUUGAGCAUUAUAAGAAGAACCCAAUGGUUGAAACCACUGGAACAGUAGUUCAUUUAAAACAGCCUUACAACGCAACCAGAAUUCAUGCAAGUGGAAUUGAAAGUCGCGUUAAAGAACUGCAGAAAGAGCAUAGCGUUAGUACAGGAAAAGGAGGAUUUUGGGAAGAAUUUGAAAGCUUGCAGCAACAAGAAUGUAAACAUCUUUAUAGCCGGAAGGAGGGACAAAAACCAGAAAAUCGGAAUAAGAAUAGAUACAAAAACAUAUUACCAUUUGACCACACCCGCGUUCUACUCAAAGAUGUAGAUACUAGCGUAGCUGGAGCUGAUUACAUCAACGCCAAUCAUAUUCGGCCUGAGGACGAUGGAAGUGGAGACCUAUUUCCACAAUACAUAGCCACUCAAGGCUGUUUGCCCCAUACAGUGAAUGAUUUCUGGUAUAUGGUGUGGCAGGAAAAUAGUCGAGUCAUUGUCAUGACAACAAAAGAAGUCGAAAGAGGAAAGUCUAAAUGUGCGCGAUACUGGCCAGAAGAAAAUCAAUCGAAAGAAUUCGGUAAAGUCUCAUUACGGUGUGUCAGUGACUCACUCCGUGCAGAUUACACCCUUCGGGAGUUUGUUGCAACAAAGGACAAUGAAGAGAGGCUUAUAUAUCAGUAUCAUUUUCAAGCGUGGCCUGAUCAUGGAGUACCAGCCGAUCCUGGUUGUGUGUUAAACUUUCUUCAUGAUGUGAAUACCAGGCAAAGUUCUGCGGCUAAUGCAGGCCCAGUUAUAGUACAUUGCAGCGCGGGAAUCGGUCGUACUGGAACGUUCAUUGUUAUUGAUAUGAUCAUUGGACAAAUUGAAAGAAGAGGUUUGGAUUGCGAAAUUGAUAUUCAGCGGAUGAUUCAAACUAUCCGCGCUCAGAGAUCCGGUAUGGUACAAACCGAAGCUCAAUACAAAUUUGUUUACAUGGCAGUUCAAUACUAUAUCGAGACAUUGUCUCAGCGCAUGCAAGCCCAGCAGAAGAGCCUUCAAGCUGGCAGGGAGUACACCAACAUACGCUAUUCGACGGAAGGUGGGUUGACACCUGCCACUUGUGCGCAGUCGCAACCAUUAGAGUCUCCAACAGGCAAAAGUCUCUCUAAAUCAACCCUGUCGCUGGCUAGCGUCUCUACUCCUUUACUAAGUGCUUUUCACGUAACAGUAUCCAAGUCGGAGAAACCUCAUAAGGAAACAAAAGGCGUUCCUUGUCGGACCAUAACCGAGCAUCCAAUUCCGAUGCCUCCGAAAGAAUUCCCCAAAAUGCUUUACGAAAAUGUUCCACUUAAUGAGCGGAAGACUAUGGGAACUCAAGGACCUCCACUUUUCCCUCCGCCACCCACGCCACCUCGAAAAACAUAAAAUCUGCCUCGGAAAAAUAAGUAUUUGUCACGAAGAAAGGUGAGGUGGAGUGACCAAAUGCGGAAUGUCAGGAGGAAAUCUAAUCCGUGCAUGUCUUUAUCAUAUGUGAAGUGUCUAUGGUCUUCGUCAAAUCAAUCGACAAUUUGUUGCUUUUUGUUUUGGCGACAUUCCUAUCGUGUUGCAUUCCUUCUAUUUUUCUUGCUUCAUUUUUAGCCUUUUCCUUUUUUAAUCUUUAUUUCUCAUCUCUGCAAGAUGUGUAUGCCUUUCAACCAUUUAAGUCACACUUUACUGUUGAUGUAAAACUACUGUACUGUGCUAUGUGUAUCAGCCUGAGUACGACUUAAUAUAUAAUCGUAAUUAUAAAA